CGGACUUACUUUACUCUCUGUGUGUGGGUGUGAAGACCCUGAAGACAACUUUCUUUUUAAAAACAACAUAAAACAUGAAUAAACUUGCGAAGGCCCUGUAUGACAACACUGCAGAGUGUGCAGAUGAGCUGGCCUUCAGGAAGGGAGAUAUCGUCACAGUGAUGCAUCAAAAUGUGGCUGGCACCAGCGGAUGGUGGAUGUGUUCUUUGUAUGGGCGGCAAGGCCUGGCCCCUGCAAACAGACUGCAGCUCUUACCACAAACUGUUACCACUGCAGCCUCCUUAAGCCACGUCACAGAAAAACACAAAUUAACUGAUGCUAAAGGUGAUGACAAUGUGCAGAAUAUCUACCAGAUCCCGAGUGUCCCCCGACCCUCCAGCAGCCCUGCUUAUGAACGUAUGGACAUGAUCUACAAGGUCCCGUCUACUCCUUCAUCAGCUUCAAAGAGCCCAAUCCCAUCAGCACUUAGGCACAGCACAGAAGGACCUGAGGGAAACAAGCCUUCACUCUUCAGCACAGCGUCCAGUCUUAAUGGGGAUGUUUAUGAUGUACCAAGCCAAGCAAGAAGAGCCUCUCUUUUCGAUGCAUCAACAACUCCAAGGCAUACAGGCCGAAAACACUCACUGAUUCCAUUUUCGGAGCUGGAGAAGAGAUUUGAUUCUCCUGGGAGUUUUAGGUGUAGCGAUCCAGGAGACUCUUAUGUGUAUGCAGUUCCACCACCUGUGCAUCAGGACCCAAACUAUGAUAUCCCUAUUCCUUCAGCCACAGAGGCCCAACAGAUAAUGGUCAGUGGAUACAGCACCCUUCCUAACCCCUGCAAGUCUGAAUGGAUCUACGAUGUUCCAGUGAGUUCAGAGAAACAAAAAAGUACGCCCCAAGGCAUCUGCAACACUGUGACCUCCAAUGCCAGCAUGCAGCUCUAUGACACUCUUCCAUCAUCUGCUCGGCCAAUUCAAAGAGGCAGUCCAAUUCCCUCGCUUUAUGAUAUACCAAAACCCUGUUCUCUUGACAUUCAAAGUCCGCCCAAAGUCCUGCCAAGGAUCCCAAUUUAUGACAAGCCCCCAACUCAAAAGCCUACAGAGGAGUCAGUAUAUGCUGUUCCACCCAAAGAGGAACAGCCCUCCCGAGUUCACAGUGACCCCCUUGGUGAACAUAUACCUCUAGAGUGCAGGGGUGACUCAAGCAAUGCUCAUGAACUCCCAAGGGUGCGUCUGCUUAGGAUGAGGAACUUCCUGUCCUGUACUACUUUCCGUGACCUUCCAGGGAUCGGUGAGUCGCUGGUGCAGGAGGAUAACGAGCGAGGCAGAACCCAGCGCCUCUCUGCAGGAAACAGUCAAAGAAUCAGCACAGCCUCCAGCUCCUCCACCAGCUCCUGUGACUCUCUGGCUCUGAGCUCAUCUUCUCCUGAGCCUCUGCGAGAAGUGACACUCAGCCAGGAUGAGGCUUGUCGCAGUCUUCUACACCUGCAGGAGGCUAUUUGCAGGGCUGUACCCAAGCUCAUGGAAUACGUAAGCAGUCGCUGGAGGACCAAAGAACAUCUGGAGAAACAUCUAGAGCAGAUCAAAGAAGCAUCAGAGGGGAUUGCAUGUUCUGUGACAAGCUUUCUAAACUUUGCUCUGGACGUUAAGGGCAAUGCCCGACGUUUGACUGAUGCUAACCUUCAGACCAGACUCUAUAAACAGCUAUCCAUUGUAGAGGACUCAGGUGUUAUCCUACAACAAACAGUCAGUGCUCUGAACAUGGCUGGCUGGCCCCUCAACACACUAUGUCAGGACCCUGGGCAGGUGCAGACACCUGACCAACUGGAGCGCUUUGUUAUGGUGGCCCGCACUGUGCCAGAGGAUGUCAAGCGCCUGGUGUCCAUCAUCAAUGCCAAUGGCAAGCUUCUGUUCAGAGCUCCUCAGAAAGAUCCAGAUCCUCCUCUUAACACCACGGGUCAGGAAGACCCAAAGAAAAUUCCAGACGGGAAUCAACAGGGAGGGGACAUGGUGGAGGACGACAACGAUUAUGUAGAGCUACAGACAAAAAGUGAUAUCGAAAAGCAGGAAAAGGAAGUACGGAAGGAACCAAAAGAGAAUGUCACCCCCUCCUCAAACAAGGCACAGGCCGAUAACAAGCGUCAUUCCUCUGAGUCUUGCGGUGGCCCAGAAGAACAUCGACCAGUUUCCCAGACUGAGUACUGCCGACUUUACUUUGGCGCUCUCCAUAAGGCCAUUGGGGGAUUUGUAAGCAGCCUUCAGGAUGGACAGCCACCUGAAAAAUUCAUCUCACAAAGUAAGCUGGUGAUCAUGGUUGGCCAGAGACUGGUGGACACACUGUGCAGGGAGGCCCAGCGUGGAGGGUCCAGUCAGAGCCUUCUGUGUAAAAGCAACCAUCUGUGUGCUCUCCUGAAGCAGCUGGCGGUGGCCACCAAGAAGGCUGCACUGCACUUCCCAGAUAGGCAAGCUCUGCAAGAAGCUGAAGACUUUGCAAAGGAACUGGCCCAAAGAGCACAGCACUUUCGGUUAUCGCUUGAUCUCUGAGAACGCACAUUUCAAGCAUAUUGAGUUGUUUGUACAGCAUAAGACAUUUGUUUAUUCAUCAGACCAUCUGUUUCCUUAUUCAUUAAUUUCAUAUUCAACUACUUUCAAGCUUCACUUGCCAAAAAGGUCAUUGCAUUUCUGAAUGUUGUUAUAAUGAAUGCGGGUGCUGGUUUAAAUGUUGAUAAUGUUAGAAAGCAGAACAAUUCAAAUAUGGAGAUGUAUUUGUACUAAAUAGACUUCAACACAGUGGAGUUUCAAAAUAAAUUGCACAUUUAGAAUACUGUACUCAAGCAAUUUAAAAAAAAUACAAUUUAAGUAUAAACUAUAAAAUAAAUGUGUUUUAUAUAAUUUACAACAAUUUUAUACUUUCUGAAUAUUGUUAUGUGUUAUGUGAAUGUUUUAUGUAUUUUAUCACUUUAUUGUGUAAGAGGUAUACUCUCCAGGGUAGCAGUUUGACACGGACUACUUUUUGUGAAUAUCUAUGUAAAUAUUCUAAAAAAUGUGUUAUGCAUUCCCAAGCUUUUCUGGAUAAAAGACUGAAUACAACACAUGUUGGAUGUUCAUUGAUAUAAAAAUUAAAAACUUA